GGCUCCUUCCUCCUGUGAUGGAGGAGGAGCGCGAGGAAGGGGGAAGCGAUGGCGGCUUGCGCGGCAGCGGUGUGGCAUUGAUGUGCGUCUACGCGUUUUGUCUCCAGUUCACGCCGUCGGAGCCAUACCUGGUGCCAUUUCUCACCAAGGUGAAGGGAUUCAGCAAUAAUGUGGUCACCACCGAGAUUUUUCCAGUGUCGGUAUACUCUACGCUGGUCUUUACGCUUCUAGCCGCGCCGGCGUGUACUUAUCUCAAGUAUCGCUCGGUCAUUUUGAUUGGUACUUUGGGUCGUUUGUCGACGUUUUUUAUCCUUCUUUUCGGAAGAUCAUUGCUCUCAAUGCAGCUUAUGCAGGCUACGUAUGCGUUGGGAGUCGCCAGCGAUCUCGUUUUUUCUUCCUACCUUUUUGUUCUCGUCAAGGAGAACAUGUAUCAGUCGCUGACUAGUUUCACUCAGGCCUCAUCCACAUUUUCUUUUUUCAUUGCUGCUGAGCUAAGUCAGCUCCUCGUUUCGGAGGGGGUUAACUUGAUCGUUCUACUGUACAUUUCAACGUGCAUGGUUGCACUUGCGUUGGUAGCAUGCGUUUUUCUUCCGGUGGAAAUGCGACACUGGAUCGAUGUAUCUAGCUUGGGAGACUUGGAGCUGGACUGGGAAACUCCUACUUCUUCCUGUCAGAACUUCGUGGAAUUGGUGAAAGCUACCUGGAGCAAUCGAAGUCUACAACUACUGUCUCUCUGGUGGGCUUUUCAGCUAGGCGGCACGGCGAUGAUCGAGAAUUACGGCACGAAUCUGUUCGAUGCUGUCGAUCCAACGUCCAUCUACAACGGCCAUGUCAUUGCUGCAACGCAAGGGGCGUCUUGUGUUGCAGCUCUCAUCGCUGUUCCAGCUUCUCGCUACACGUCAAAGGCUGGUGGUCUGCUCUACGCCGGAGGAUCUGGACUGACAUGGCUGCUGUGCGUUGUACUGUCCCGCUCCAAGGCCUUGUGGAUCGUGCACGCAGCAUACAUCUUGUGUGUUGCUCUGAACAAGUUCCUUCUUUGCAUCCUCUACGUCCAAUGCGCUCGGUUUCUCUCUCACGGCCACUUUAUUUUCUUGUUCAGCCUCAAUGCUGUGGCAGCGCUGCUUGUCCAAUCCUCUCUCCAGGCGUUCGUGGAAGUCCUGAACGCCAACUUGUCCGCUCAGUUCUACUAUGUUGGAAACUAUUUUCUAUUGCUAACCAUUGUCUUUGCUGUGCUUGUGAAGGCAUACUAUCAAUCGAGCAAUGCUACAUUACUUCGUUAAAGAUAGAAAAACUGUUAAGUUGUUUUUUCUCCUGUUUUACUAAUCCAAUCUUGUCUACUUCUUCC